AUGCGCGAUGGCAUUUGGCUUAAUGAGCUAAUGCGAGCUGCCCAAGGUGCCACUCGAUCCCUGCCAGCCAUGUCGAAGCAAACUAAUCCAAAUGAUGCCGACGACAACGGCAAUAUAUCCAUGUCCUAUCUUAGUAUAGGAGUGAAUCGCAGUCCUAAUUGCAUAAGUUGGUCAACCAAUGGUCUCAUCGCAUACGGAGGAUGUAACUCGAUCGUAUUAUAUCGACAACAAAAUGAAAUGCAUGCUGGUUUCGCUGAAGCGAGCUUAAAUGGCCAUUCAGCUCGUGUAAACUGUGUCAAAUGGCUUACUCAAUACGAAUUGUUAUCUGGCGCAGCGGAUCAUAACAUCUUGAAUUGGCAUCUGCAAAACAAUCAGUGGAAAGUAAAGUCGACACUAUCAGGUCAUACGGGAGCCAUAACUUGUAUCGCAACGUUGCAUAAUGCAAAUAAACUGCUACUAGCAACAGCUGCGACAGAUUCUACCUUAAACAUUUGGUGCAGAAAUAAUACAGAUGAGAAUUUCGAACGUAUUCAAACUAUUUCUUGUGGCCAUGGAAUUAUACUAGCAGUAGCUUUAACAACGCUACAAUCGUCAAUUAAUAAGAAUAAUCAAAAUGCUAACUACUUAAUGGCAACAACACGCGAAAACUGUAAAGUUAACCUAUAUAUCGGCAACUACAACGAUAACAAACUGGAAUUUCAACAAGUAUUAUCUUUAAGUGGUCACGAAAAUUGGAUACGCGAUUUAAGCUUUGGCCACGGAGAUGAUACGAACAUAUUAUUAGCAAGUUGUGCUGAAGAUGCCUAUAUAAGAAUAUGGAAAAUCGUAUCUACAAAUGAUCCCGGUGAUAAUGCACACAAAUCAGACGAUGAGAUCAAACUAAAGGAAAAUAUCUUUCAUGUGAAAUACGGCGAUUCUGAAGAAAACUACGUAGUAACAUUGGAUUCUGUCCUAAGUAGCCAUGAAGACAUGGUCUACAGUGUGAAUUGGUAUCCUGUUAUAGAAGAUGCCCAUCGUCGCUUACGCCUUCUUUCUGCAUCAAUGGAUAAAACAAUGAUUAUUUGGGAAUAUGAUAAAAAUUCUGAGAUGUGGUUGGAUAAAGUAAGAGUUGGUACAAUGGGCGGUAACAAUUUAGGAUUUUACGGUGGCAUAUUUAGUCCUGACGGGAAAGAAAUUUUAGCCCAAGGUUAUGAUGGAGGAUUACAUGUGUGGAAAAAUACUUCAGUCGAGGAUGAACAAUGGAAGCCUCAAGUGACCGUUACUGGCCAUUUUGCUCCAGUCCAGGAUUUUGAUUGGGAAGCAUCACAAGGCUCUUUCCUAGUAACUGUUAGCUAUGAUCAAACCACUAGAGUUCAUGCACCAUGGAUUCAACAACAGAAAGAAUCGUCCUGGCACGAAAUUGCGCGACCACAGAUUCAUGGAUAUGAUAUGCAAUGCGUAUCGCUAACUGAAUGUAACCAAAUUGUCUCAGGCGGAGAGGAGAAAGUUAUUCGUGUAUUCAAUUCGCCAAAAUUGUUUUCCAAUACCUUGUCGGAGAUUAGCCGAGUACAACUAGAAUCUCUUAAAAUUUCAUCUGUUGUAACUAGUACAGCUGCUUUAGGGGCAAGUGUUCCAUCUUUAGGCCUAUCAAACAAGGCAAUGUAUGGACAUCCGUAUGAGCUGUUUUGCCUAGCGUCUAAUCCAAAGAGGCAACUUAUUGCUUCAGCCUGCAAGGCACGCAAACCCGAACAUGCUUCUAUCAUUAUUUGGGAUACUCAGACAUGGCGUCAAGCCUGUGAACCUUUAUUAUGUCAUAAUUUGACUGUUACUCAAAUGGCUUUUUCACAUAACGGUGAUUGGUUGUUAUCGGUAUCAAGGGAUCGCGGCUGGUCACUGCAUCAAUUUACUAAAUUGAGUAAUAGAAUAUCAUGUAAAAAUGUUUAUCAUGCCGCUUACAAAACCAGUAAGCAUUCACGUAUUAUCUGGUCUUGUUCUUGGUCCCAUGACGAUAAAUACUUUGCAACCGCAUCAAGAGAUAAAAAGGUUAUUAUAUGGCAUCAAUCACAAAACAAUGCCUGGAUUCCCGCUUCAGUUGCAUUAGAACUUUCAGAUUCAGUUACUGCAGUGGAUUUCGCUCCGGAAUGCAGCAAAAGUGGAAAGUACAUCCUUUGUAUAGGUCUUGAUUGCGGUAAAAUCGAAUUUUAUACGUGGAAUUUGGUGCAGCCCCAUUGGCAGAACUGUUUUUCACUGCCCGAAAAGUAUCUUUUCAAUAGUUUCUGUAUCGCCUACAUUAUUCGUAUACUAUCUUUGCAUUUUACUGGAUUAUGA